AUGACUAAUCUAUUAUCUUUAUCUAAUCUAUUACUAUUACAUAUCAUAUCAGAUAUUGACAGUAAUGUAGAUAUAAUAUGUUUGUUGUUAACUUGUAAAAAGUUGUACAAUAAUAGGAGUGGUUUAAGAAGAUCGAUACAGUUUAAAAGUAUACAAGUUAUCGAUGAAUCUAAUAAAGGAGAUAUAUCAGAACAAUUUAAAGCAACAGCUACUCGAUUCAACCUAUUAUCAUUUAAAGAUAUAUUGGAGAAUAGUAUAUCUGAUCAUCAGGUGAUAGAUCAUUUUGAACAAGGUCAACAAUAUCUUCAAAAGAAUAAUAAUAAUAAUAAUUGUCCACAAUGGAUAAAAGAUCGUAUCUCUACUUUAAAUAGAGUCGAUAAAAGUAGUAUUACGACAGCGUUGGUUAGUCGAUACGAUGAAUUUGCAAAGUCACUCCAAGACUUGUCAUCAUCAUCGAUCGAGACACUAUUCAUCAACCAAAGAUUUAAUAGUAUUGUGGAUCUUGCCUCCAUCUCACAACUCUUGCCGAAUCUUCAACGACUUGCGGUUCGUUCAAGCGGAUUGAAACUAGGUCCUCAUCCUCAUUUAACACUCAAGUCUCUCAGACUAGAUAUCGGUGUUGGAAAGCCAUACCCUCUCAUCGACUUGGGAUUAGAUAAAUUCGUAUCGUUGACAGAGUUGUCGUUCAAGAGUAAUUGUGUGGUUGGUAUAGCAAAGGGUCUGCUACCAAGCAGUCUGACAUCACUUACACUCAGACUACAAGAGAUACCUCCAAGAGAUACAUUCCUUUCAUUGACAUUGUUGGUGAAACUAAAGAUCUACCUUGAACAUGCAAGAAUAGUAGACAAGACAAAAGAAGCAUUCAUCAAUCUUGAAAGUCUAUGUCACCUCAAGACACUCAAGUUUAGAAACUACAUCCAUGAAAAGAACUACUAUAGUAUCGAGAUUACAGUCCCUCCUUCAAUCAAGAUACUUUCUCUCUCUUCAGAUUGUGUACGGGUCCCACAAAGAUGUGUAUUACCACAGUUGGAGAAAUUGGUUGUGUAUCAAGGACUAUUGAUUGAUGAAAGAGUCAGUUUGUCGUCAUGCCCAAAGAUAAAGAAAUUAUUUAUUUAUUGGGAUAAAGUCAUGCCAUCCAAUUUCAAUAUGAUCAUUCCAGAGACAGUCGAGAGACUUUCAAUAGAAAAAUUCAUUUGUGAUCAAGAUAUACUAGGACAAGUUGUAUUACCACCGUCUCUUACUCAUCUGACUAUCAAUGGAGACUAUGAACCUGUCAACCUACCACAAUCAGUCAUCAAACUAAAACAAAUGUUUGAUAAAGAUGCAAUAUCUCGUAGUGCUCAACUAGGUCAUUUAAAGAAACUAGUUUGGAUACCAGGAACCAAUUGCACAAAUCUACCAUUCACCUCUCCACCCAAUCUUGAAACACUCAACCUCUUUGGUAUCGAAGGUGACUAUAUCAUUGACCAUGUACCACCUACCAUCAAAUAUCUCUCUAUACCAUUGACAAAAUCAUUUGAUGACGAUUCAAUCUUUUCAAUCACCUCUAGGAUCCCCAUCCCCAUCCCCUCACAACAACCCUCACAACAACCACCACAACAACAAUUGUGGUUACCAUCCAAUACAACUCAUCUAUCUUGUUUAAUCUGUCAUGAUGAAAAUUCAGAUGUGGCAUUUAGAUUGGAUGAAGUAAUCAAUCAUACCAAUGUUAGAUAUUUAACUAUCACUUAUGAGACUACAUUACAAUUUUCAAUUCAUAGAUUGGACAAUGAAAAUAAGAAUGUAUUGAUAUUGGAAACAAAUACACUUCAAGGUGGAAUAAUCACUCAACGUAAAUCCAUUGAUAGUCAACAACAACAAUAUGAUCCAAUUUAUUUAUAUUUAGAAUAUCAAAAAAACCACAAUCUUCUUCUAAGCCUCCAUUAA